CUGAGGCGGGACGGCCGCCCGCGCGGCACGGCGGCGGUCUGCCCGGAGGGCGGGAAGCGCGGGGCGGGCGGUCCCUGCCCGCCGCUGGGGCUGCUGCCGCUGCCGCCCCGCCGGGCCGCGGGGAUUUCAUUUUAGCGCCUUACCAGGUUUUUAAGACGGGGUGAGGCCCGCUUGAAACUGACAUUGGGAACCACCUGGCACGAGGGUUUCGUAGAAACCAGCUCUCCCGACUCGCCCCGGCGCGGCGCCCAGUGCCACCGCGCCUCCGGCGGGUGCCUCGGGGAUGUGAGGCGAGGCCAGGCCCGGCCCAGCCCCCAGGCUGCCUCACGCUCUUGCCAGGGAGCUUCAGUCUCCCCGACUGCACCACAUGAGCCUUAGAAGCGCCUGCCAAGCUAGAUAUGCAGGAAUAUUUUCAGAAGAGUGAAAUGCAAACGUACGUGAAAAGAGCUAGUGCUCAGGCCUGCGGCAUGGUGGGCCGCUCCAGGCCGGGCAGGAGGCCCGGGGCAGUCUUCCCAAAAGCGUCUUAGUGUAAAACGUGCCCAGUGACAGACGUGCCCUUUGAAAAUAGGGCAAACGUUCCUUAGUCGGUUUAAGUGCUUUUAGGAAUGUUUUUCUGAAGUCCUUUAUUUGUUACGCUGCUAUGCCUUAUAAAGGAAGCCCUCUCAGAUGCAGUUUUUUAAAAGCCAUUUAGAUACCUAAUUGCCAUGUUAAAUUAGUUGAGUGGUAGUGGGCACCUGCAUACCUUUUGGAGAAUUGGGUAGUGCCCUGGUUUUUAAUCAGAUUUUUAAUGGAUCCGUGUGCCUUAAACAUUUCAUCUCUUUAAUUGGCAGGUAACAUUUGUCAUCUUCCUUUUUCCAAGCUUUUCAGAAGGUGGCACCUGAGAUUUCACUGCAAAGCCAUUAAACCCUUGAAAAAAAUGACAGAAAGUGGUGGGCAGGAACAGUCAAGAUGGAUAACAACAGUUAUUAUGAGCACAGCUCUGCAGAAUCAUGAAAUUUCUACAAUUCUACAGAGGCAACAACACCGAGUUCGAUAUUCAGAAUCAGUGGAAAUAGGAUCCGUGAUUUUUUCUCUUUCUGGUGUUGCAUUUAUACUGUCAGACACUCAAGAAUUGCUUAUGACAGGGGAAGAACAGUUUUCCAAAAGAAUUCAGAAGUUCAUAAACAUUCAUCGGAACAGUUUUUUGGUUUUGUCAGCUGCUCUUCAUGGACCAGAAGAAUGGAAUGUCAUGUUUAGGAUUCAAAGAAGAUUCCUGGGCAGUAAUUUACGUGUAAUACCAGUUCAUAAUACUGCUGAAACUGUUAAGUUAAUGCUAACUAUAGCUAAGGUAACUUCCAAGCCACAAGCAGAUGAUACUCGUUACAAAAUAGCAAUGGCAAAAGCCCAAAUAAUAGAAAACAGUCCAGUUUGGAAGAUGCUUCAGGACUACCAGUUGCAUUGUAAUUAA